GAUAUUUUGAACGGGCGCCCUUCUUGAUCACAACGCCACUGGGAUAAUGCCUGAUGCGUUGACUGUUGAUGAGUUUAUUGGUGACACUCUGAAUGACGUCAGACAUCCUCUCAAAUCCGAUUUUAUUUCAAAAAUUUCAAGUGUGAGGUGUACAGUAUACAGCCUAGACGAGGGUUUAGAGACAGAUCGAAAUGUUCUUAUACGGUCAAAGAAAUUGGUAAAGUCAGUUGUCGCCUCUGGAAUAGCAUAUGCUGAACAAAUAACAUUGUUAUGUGACUUUUUAGAAAGACUUGGUCAAAUAGCUUUGGAGGGUAACGAACCCAAUGGGAAUGACAUUGCCACCAGUCUUUGCAAGUUCUCCGUUGUUCACCGGGACUUAGCCAACAUGACAAAGCAUUUGAUGCAAAAUUUAAACAGUAUCGUAGUAUUUCCAAUGGAAACAUUUAUGCAAGGUGAUAUUAAAAGCGACCUCAAGAAACCCUUCGAGAAGGCACUUAAGGAUUAUGAAUAUAAAUAUGAUAAAUUACGGAAGGAAAAAUUACAAACAAUGAAGGAAACUGGAUGCUAUGUUCCUGAAGCAUUUACAGAAGGAAUGACGAAAGAUUUAGAGAAAGAACGUCGAAGGCUUCAACUUGAAACUUGUGAAUAUCUGAUCAAGGUGAAUGAAUUAAAAGCAAAGCGUGGCGCUGAUCUCCUGCAGCAUUUAAUUGAUUUCUUCUAUGUUCAAACUCAUUACUUACGUGAAUGUUUAGGUGUGAUGGAUCAUUUUGGAAAAUCAAUGAAUGAUUUAUCUAACCGAGUAAAUGAAUUACACAAAAUUAAUGAUAUGCAAAAACGUCGUCUUGUCGAUACUCGAGAAGAAGUCAGGGGAGUUUUAGAUAAAGAGUGUGAUUCGAUUCGUCGGAAAUCUCGUCUAUUCGGACAGUCAGUACAAACUGGUGUCACGUAUGCAGCACAACCAACUCCAUUGAAUCGAGCAUUUGGAACUAAAAAAAGUGGAUUUCUACUAAAAAAAUCAGAUGGAAAGGUUAAACGUGUUUGGCAACGUCGUCGUGUACACAUUGCUGAUGGGGAAUUAUGUUUGUAUCAUGCAGAUGAAAGUAAACCACCUGUACGCCUAACUUUACUCACUUGUCAAGUUAAAUUACCUACGGAAUCUAUGGAUAAUGAUUCAGUAUUAAAUCAUAGUACUGGGGCUGGUGGUGGUGGUGGUAAUCAACACUCGACAACUUCAGAAGGAAAACUUUACUUUGAUCUUGUCUCAAAUAGUCGAACAUAUAACUUCCAGGCAGAAGAUGAACAAGAAUACGAAGAAUGGAUAAGUAUUUUAAAUAAUGCAAUGCAAGAAGAAUUUAACAAAGCAAUGAAUGGUGAAAAUUAUACAAAUUCACAAUGUGAUCUAUCUGAAACAACACUGAAUUUAUCAUCGAAUCGUCUCAUGAGCACUAAUAAAUGUAAUAUUACUAAUGGUGAUAGCUUGGCUGCCGAUAUGGAUUUAGUCUAUUCAACUUUAACUGGUCAAAGUAAUAGUCCUAUGAAUAAUAAUCCUUCGAAACAUAUGAAAUCUGAUAGUUUUGGAGAUAGUCUACCAGGAAGUGAAAAUGAUUUAUUAGAUUCUAGCGGUUCACAAAUUAGUCGUUCACGUGAAAGUCACUUAGAUAGUGCAGAUGCUUUUUCAACAGAUGGUAUUAAUGCGACUGAAUCUAAAGGGCGUCCAUCAAAAUCAUUAAUUCAAUCUUCUUUACGAUUCUGUGCACCUGGUAAUGAAGUAUGCGCUGAUUGUGGUCGACCUGAUCCCGAAUGGGUUAGUGUAAAUCUAGGUAUAUUAAUUUGUUUGGAAUGUUGUGGUGCACAUCGAGAAUUAGGUGUACAUCAUUCACGUACUCAAUCAUUAUUGAUGGAUGAAUUAUCGACUAAUCAACUAUUGUUACCUCGAUUCAUCGGGAAUCAACUGUUUAAUAGUGUAUAUGAGUCUAGUUUGCCUGCAGAAAGUAAACCGAACGCUUUAGAUUCUGUUACUGAUCCAACUGAUGGAAUGACACAAAGACGUAAUUUUAUUAAAUCAAAAUAUGUUGAUCGACGUUUUAUCACGAAAACAACAUCGGAUUCACUAGAUUAUAUUACGAACAAUAAUAAAUCUUUCUCAGAUGAUAUUUCAACUACUCGUGAUCCUAUUGCAGAACGAUUUUUAAGACGUGAUCUGUUAAGAGCAGUAAAAACCGGUAAUUUAUCAUUACUUAUUCAGGUAUUUGCUGAACGACUAGAUCUUAUGACACCAUUUCAACCAGAAGAUAAUGAUGAUGAUUCUUAUUCACUUUUGCCUGGAACAACUGCAUUACAUAUAGCUGUUGAGAAAACUAGUAAAUUUUUAAUAAAACCCAGAUUAAAUUAUUCUGAUGAAAACAAAGUUAAUGUAUCCGAUUUAAGUGAACAACAACAACAACAACAAAUAACUGAAUCAUUUUUUAAUUUUGAUAAUAGUAGUAAUCGUGAAGCAACAACAUGGAAUGUAAUUGAUAAUCAUGAAUUUGAUAAAUCACCACAUAAUAAUUUACCAUUAGUGGAAUUCAUCUUACAAAAUUCUUCAUCAAGUAGUUUAAAACGUGCCAAUAAAUUGGGUGAUACAGCACUACAUCAUGCCGCUCGUUAUGGAUGUUUGGAUGCAUUAAAAUUAAUUGUUCAAGCUGGCGGGAUUCCAACACCAAUACUCCAAUUAACUAAUCAUAAUGGUCAAACAGCAUUAGAUAUUGUAGAAAAUGCAAUAAUACAAUACAAAUUAAAUAAUACUAACACUACUACUACUACUACUACUACUAGUAGUAGUAAUAACAAUCAUAUAUUGUUAUUAGAUGCUUAUAAAAAUUGUCAACAUAUUCUUAAAUUAUCUAAUUUCAUUGCAUCUAAUAUUUCAUGUAAAAAUAAUUGUUUAAUUACUGAUUCUAUUAGUUCAUUAUUUUCUAAUACAAAUGGAUCUAUUGAUAAAUUAACAAAUUAUCGUAAUAAUUUAAUAGAAUUAUUAAAUCAAUUAAAUUCAAUUAAUUGGUAUCCAUUAAAUAUUUCAUCUAUAAUAACAACAUCAUCAUCAUCAGUAACAACAUUAUUGACAACAUCAACAAUUCAAUUAAUAAAUAAUGAAAAAAAUCAUUAUUUAUAUAAAGAUAAUAUUGAUAAAAAGAUAAUAACACUGACUACAAAUACAUUGGUUACAACUAGUUCACCAAAUAUUACAAAUGUAUCUAUUUCAAAUAAAUUAGAAACAUCUUAUAGUAAUAAUUAUGAAUUAGGAACAUUUUCAUUAUCUCCUAUAAUGAAAUGUGUUAAUCAAUUGAUUUCUACUCGUAAUCCAUGUGAAUCGUAUACACCGAAACCAAAUUCAACUGGGAAACAAAUAACCUUUGAUGAAAAUAUAUGUACUACAGGUAACAAUGUCACACCAACUUCAUUAAAUAAACCUACACGAUCUUACAGUCAGUAUUCACCUUCAAUUCAUUAUGGUAGUGCACUGGCUACUUUACCACGUAAAAAAGGUCCUGCACCUCGUCCACCAUCUGUAGAUGAUCAAAUGAAUGGUCGGAGUGGAAUGCCAAUUAACAGCACUGGUGUUACCAUGUUCAUGAAAGAAAUGGCAUUUCAGGGUUUUGAAUCUGAGUGUUGGAGUACCUUCAAUCGGUUGGAUAAUAGUCGCGCAUCAUGUUCCUCGACUGAUCAUGAGAAAUCAUUGCCUAGUGAUCAUAUUGACAUAAUCCUGGAUGUCUUGGAAGAGAAGCCAAUAAUUUCUGAAUCCCUCAAUACUUCUAGUCCUAUCACGGCUACUAAUAAGACUGGCACAAUAUCUUCAACAGUCAAAAACUCUUGUAUUCCUAUUACUACUUCUAGUAUCAACACAUCCCCUGCAAUUCCACCUAAGCCAAGUUAUUUAUCUAAUGCAAUUUAUUCAACUUUACCUAACCGAAGUUCACAUCUGAGUAGAAACAGUUCUGUUUUAGUUUGUUCAAAUUUACCUGUCCUCUAUGAUUCUUCCUUCACGGAAUCAUCCCCAGAUGCUUCUGUAUCAACCAAGGAAGUUCAAAUAUCAACAGUGAAUUCAUCUAGUCAUUUAGUUGAUUCCUCAAAAUAUUCAUUAUCACAACAUACAAAUGAUAAAUAUGAUUCUAGUCUUUAUUCAACAUCAUCAUUGAAAUGUAUUAAAAGCUCAAAUAAUUUAUCAAUACUCAAUUGUAAAAUAGGUGAUCUAUUAGAAGCUUUAUAUGAUUGUGAAGCGGAAAAUUCAGAUGAAUUAACAUUUAAUCGUGGUGAAAUUAUACAAUUAAUCGAUAGACCAGAUAAUGAUUGGUGGGAAGGUUUCAUUCAAUCAGACCCCAGUCGACGUGGAAUGUUCCCAGUGACUUAUGUAAAGCGUUUAUCUGAUAGGUGAUUUAUUUCAGUGCAUUUUUAUACAAGUUCAUUUCUAACUUAUUCUUAUUCUUAUCUUUAUCAGCAUUUUCACGGAUUCUGUUCACAUUGCUGAGCUACCGUCCACACCUUGAUAAUAAUAUAAUUAUUCCCAUGAUGUUUUUUUUUAUAUAAUUUUCUUUUCUGUUUAUUGAUCCUUGGAUAAAAGAAAACAUUUGCCAAUUACGAAAUCACUUAGUCAAUCAUUAAUAAUUUUUGUUUUCAUGCUGAUCACAUUAUUGUUGUUUCUAAAGCGAAUGACGAUAGAGCAGAGUAACCACGUUAAUAUUUUUUUCCUAAUCAAUAUUCAGAUUUUCUUUUUUUGUUGUUGAGUAUAUAUUUCAUUGCAUUAUAUUGUAUAUUUCUCGUUGUCACCAUCUAUAUUCACUGUUGUGUCCAUGGUUAAGGAAGGCGUCGAUGAUGUAAUUGAAUGGGUUGUUAAACCUUUCUGUUCAGGAUAUAUAUUGUUGCUGUGUGUAUGUGUACAUGUAACGUUGUUUUGUUUACUACGUUUCGUGCACACACACACAUGCAUACUUACAUACACAUGUUUAUCAUUCAUGUAUUAUACUUCCUUAUAAUAUAUCCAUCAUUAUUUGUAUCUUCGUUUUCAGUAUAAAUUUGCCUCGAGUCAGUAGUAGUCUAUACACGUUAACUACAAGUACUGUUUAUAUUCUACAAUCUACGUGUAAAUUAUAAUGUAUAUCUUUAUUGUUAUUAUUUCUCUCUACUAUAUUUCCUGUAUUCUUCAACAGAAUGCAUAUAUAUAUAAAUAUACUACUAAUAUAAGCUGUUUAUUUGCAGUAGUCAUUUCAUUUCAUCUUUUGGUCAUUCAAUAACUGUCAAAUAUAAAAGAUCAUAUGUUCUUUUGUUCAGUGAUAAAUGAGCAGGAAAUACAUUGUACUGUUUGUUUAUUUGUUUCUGCCUCAUUCCGUUUAUCCUUUCCCCUUCCAUCAUCUAUCCACUUUUGACAUAUUGUUUUACACUUUUUUUUAAGAAAACAAUAUGGAUCAUAUUAAUGAAUAAUUAAUUAUUAGUCUGUUUAUCUGUCUUUCAAUCAUACUGAUGAUGAUAAUAAGAAGAAGAAUAAGACAAAUCGCCAUAAUUCAUCAUAAUCAUUUCAUGUGUAUACACAACUAUUAUUUACUAUUGUUCUGUUUAUUCUGAUUAUGUACCCUCGUAUUGUCCUCUCCCACCCCCUCCUUUAUCGCCGCUCAUUUUCCUCUCUAUGUAUUAUAUUCUAUAAAUUGUUCUAGUGAUUCAUGUUCUCUUUUUGUUCCUCCUUAUUCUUCAAAAUAAAUAAAAAAAACAAUAUUUUCAUCAUAUAAUUUUGUUAAUUUCACUACUGAUUCUAUUCAUCAGUAGUAGUAGUAAUAAUAAUAAUAAAAGUAUAAUCGCUCACGUAAUUUGCCACAGUGAUUAUUUCAUUGUUUUAACAGUUUAUUUGUUUGUUUGUUGUUUUGCCCUUGUCCAUUGAGAGAACUAUGAUAAUAUUUGUCUAUCCUACUCUAUUCUACUCUACUAUCUUAUGUAUACAUGUGUGUAUGUAUGAUUUGUAUCUUGGAUUCGAAUUUCUUGCCCGUUUUUUUUUAAAAUUUUUAUUUCAUAGUAUUAACCUUUACAUAAUAAUUCAACCUUAUCAUGUUCAAUGGUACCACUAUUAUUACUAUUACGAAUAUUAUUUCUAAUAAUUACUGUUGAUAAUAAUAAUAAUUCAUAUUUAUUGAA